AAAAUGAGAGAAAAGUGUGAAUCUAAGGGUAAAGAGGCUGGAAAAGAAUCAAGACCAAUAAAUGGCCCAUUGGUGAGAGAAAAGAUGCAAGAGGGGAGGGCAAAACAGACUUUUUAUGUGAGAGCGAGAGAGGUUAAGAGUGCUAUUUCUUUAGGGCAGCCCGUGUUGCUUAUAAGAUAUAAGGAGAUUUUAUUUACUGACACUGAUAUUAACCUUUCUUGUUUGCCUUCUAGUUUUAAGUCUAUGAUGCAGGAAUUCACUGAUGUCUUUCCAGAUGAGCUACCUAGUGGAUUGCCACCGUUGAGGGGUAUCGCGCAUCAGAUAGAUUUCAUACCUGGUUCUAGCAUUCCAAAUAGACCAGCUUACCGAAGCAAUCCAAUGGAAACAAAGGAAAUGCAAAGGCAAAUUGACGAGCUUAUGGAGAAGGGACUGGUGAGAGAGAGUUUAAGUCCAUGUGCUGUUCCUGUGCUGCUUGUUCCAAAGAAGGAUGGCACUUGGCGAAUGUGUGUUGAUUGUAGAGCAGUUAACAAGAUCACAGUGAAGUACAGGCAUCCUAUACCUCGGCUAGAUGACAUGUUGGAUGAGCUUCAUGGUGCCAGGUACUUUACAAAAAUUGAUCUUAUGAGUGGAUAUCAUCAGAUUAGGAUGAAACCUGGUGAUGAAUGGAAAACUGCAUUUAAGACAAAGUAUGGUUUGUAUGAAUGGUUAGUUAUGCCUUUUGGUUUGUCCAAUGCACCUAGUACGUUUAUGAGGCUAAUGAAUCAUGUGUUGCGUGCAUACUUAGGAAAAUUUGUUGUUGUUUACUUUGAUGAUAUCUUGAUCUAUAGCAGGUCUCUCGACGAACAUAUUGAGCAUUAUAAGCAUGGGAAAGACAAUGCGGUUGCAGAUGCCUUGUCUAGGAGUCCUACAAGUCUGCCUUAUUGUAAUGGCAGAAACUUGAUUUCUUUCAAUUCUAAUCAAUUUCCAUUGAAACUGUCUGUACAAAAUUAUCCUACAUGGCGAACACAAGUUCUUCCUGUUCUUCGUGGUUAUAAUCUUAUGAGUUAUGCGGAUAAGUCUUUGCCACCUCCACCUGCUUUUACUCAAGUUGGUGAGGAAGACACAACAAAAGAAACAGCAAAUCCCAAUUAUGAGUUUUGGGUUUGUCAAGAUCAGCUGAUUCUAGCAGCGAUCAUAGCUUCAACAAAUUUUUCAACUAUGCAUGUUCUCUCUUCAGCGACAACUUCAGCUGAUGCGUGGGAAAAACUUUGA